ACGCACAGCAUUCCAACAGCGUUCACACUGCAAAAGCUUCUUCAAGCUCUACUCUGAUUUAGCAAUGCGGAUAAAUGAAAUCCUCACUUAAUUACCCUUUUCCCUUGGAGUUUUUCUCUGUUACGUCAAAUGCUAAAACUGUACGUUGCUUAAGUGACACUUGAUUGGUUAAUAAGGUCCGUAGCGCAACACCAUCGAGGGAUUCUACAGUUACGCCAUCUGCCUAUCGCGAAUCCGUUCUUUCCAAGAAUACACGUGCAAAGAUAGCGUUUUACAACGUUGUAUUACCUCCGCAAGAACCAUAAAGGGCGUUAUGGCGAGUCUGACGCAACAGGGCUGUCUUGUCAUUGUGGUUCUUAUUCUUGUGAACACAGAACGCCUUUCAGCAGCAAACACCUCAUUCGUGACAAGUGCAAAUGUUGCGACAAAUUCCACACAAACAGCAAACGCAACUGUUCCCCCCUUUAUUAGUGCAACCCUAUCAAGCGACGUCUCUGAUACAGCGGUAGCAGCCACUCCGAACUUCACAGUGACACCCACCCUCAAUUAUACGGUAGCAGCCACUCCGAACUUCACAGUGACACCCACCCUCAAUUAUACGGUAGCAGCCACUCCGAACUUCACAGUGACACCCACCCUCAAUUAUACGGUAGCAGCCACUCCGAACUUCCCAGUGACACCCACCCUCAAUUAUACGGUAGCAGCCACUCCGAACUUCACAGUGACACCCACCCUCAAUUAUACGGUAGCAGCCACUCCGAACUUCACAGUGAAACCCACCCUCAAUUAUACGGUAGCAGCCACUCCGAACUUCACAGUGACACCCACCCUCAAAUAUACGGUAGCAGCCACUCCGAACUUCACAGUGACACCCACCCUUAAUUAUACGGUAGCAGCCACUCCGAACUUCACAGUGACACCCACCCUCAAUUAUACGGUAGCAGCCACUCCGAACUUCACAGUGACACCCACCCUCAAUUAUACGGUAGCAGCCACUCCGAACUUCACAGUGACACCCACCCUCAAUUAUACGGUAGCAGCCACCCCGAACUUCACAGUGACACCCACCCUCAGUUAUACGGUAGCAGCUACUCCGAACUUCACAGUGACACCCACCCUCAAUUAUACGGUAGAAGCCACUCGGAACUUCACAGUGACACCCACCCUCGAUUAUACGGAAGCAGCCACUGCAAGCCCUACUGUGGAAAUCGCUUUUAGCACCACGGUAUCAUCCACUCCAAGCCGUAGUGUGGGAAUCGCUUUCAGUACCACUGUAACAGCUACUUCAAGCCCUACUGUGGAACUCGCUUUAAACACCACGGUGGCAGCCACUCCAAGCCCUACUGUGGAACUCGCUUUAAACACCACGGUGGCAGCGACUCCAAGCCCUACUGUGGAAAUCGCUUUAGACACCACGGUGGCAGCCACUCCGAACUUCACAGUGACACCCACCCUUAAUUAUACGGUAGCAGCCACUCCGAACUUCACAGUGACACCCACCCUCAAUUAUACGGUAGCAGCCACUUCGAACUUCACAGUGACACCCACCCUCAAAUAUACGGUAGCAGCCACUCCGAACUUCACAGUGACACCCACCCUCAAUUAUACGGUAGCAGCCACUUCGAACUUCACAGUGACACCCACCCUCAAUUAUACGGUAGCAGCCACUCCGAACUUCACAGUGACACCCACCCUCAAUUAUACGGUAGCAGCCACUCCGAACUUCACAGUGACACCCACCCUCAAUUAUACGGUAGCAGCCACUCCGAACUUCACAGUGACACCCACCCUCAAUUAUACGGUAGCAGCCACCCCGAACUUCACAGUGACACCCACCCUCGAUUAUACGGAAGCAGCCACUGCAAGCCCUACUGUGGAAAUCGCUUUUAACACCACGGUAUCAUCCACUCCAAGCCCUACUGUGGGAAUCGCUUUCAGUACCACGGUAGCAGCUACUUCAAGCCCUACUGUGGAACUCGCUUUAAACACCACGGUGGCAUCCACUCCAAGCCCUACUGUGGAAAUCGCUUUAAACACCACGGUGGCAGCCACUCCAAGUCCUACCGUAGAAAUCGCUUUAAACACCACGGUGGCAGCCAUUCCAAGCCCUACUGUGGAAAUCGCUUUAAACACCACGGUGGCAGCCACUCCAAGCCCUACUGUGGAAAUCGCUUUAGACACCACGGUGGCAGCGACUCCAAGCCCUACUGUGGAAAUCGCUUUAGACACCACGGUGGCAGCCACUCCAAGCUCUACUGUGGAACUCGCUUUAGACACCACGGUGGCAGCCACUCCAAGCUCUACUGUGGAAAUCGCAUUAAACACCACGGUGGCAGCCAUUCCAAGCCCUACUGUGGAAAUCGCUUUAAACACCACGGUGGCAGCCAUUCCAAGCCCUAGUGUGGAAAUCGCUUUAGACACCACGGUGGCAGCGACUCCAAGCCCUACUGUGGAAAUCGCUUUAGACACCACGGUGGCAGCCACUCCAAGCUCUACUGUGGAACUCGCUUUAGACACCACGGUGGCAGCCACUCCAAGCUCUACUGUGGAAAUCGCAUUAAACACCACGGUGGCAGCCACUCCAAGCCCUACUGUGGAAAUCGCUUUAGACACCACGGUGGCAGCGACUCCAAGCCCUACUGUGGAAAUCGCUUUAGACACCACGGUGGCAGCCACUCCAAGCUCUACUGUGGAACUCGCUUUAGACACCACGGUGGCAGCCACUCCAAGCUCUACUGUGGAAAUCGCAUUAAACACCACGGUGGCAGCCAUUCCAAGCCCUACUGUGGAAAUCGCUUUAAACACCACGGUGGCAGCCAUUCCAAGCCCUAGUGUGGAAAUCGCUUUUAACACCACGGUGGCAGCCAUUCCAAGCCCUAGUGUGGAAAUCGCUUUCAACACCACGGUGGCAGCUACUUCAAGCCCUACUAUGGAAAUCGCUUUUAUCACCACGGUGGCAUUCACUCCAAGCCCUACUGUGGAAAUCGCUUUAAACACCACGGUGGCAUCCACUCCAAGCCCUACUGUGGAAAUCGCUAUCAACACCACGGUGGCAGCUACUUCAAGCCCUACUAUGGAAAUCGCUUUCAGCACCACCGUGGCAUCCACUCCAAGCCCUACUGUGGAAAUCGCUUUAAACACCACGGUGGCAUCCACUCCAAGCCCUAGUGUGGAAAUCGCUUUCAGCACCACGGUAGCAGCUACUUCAAGCCCCAGUGUGGAAAUCGCUAUUAACACCACGGUAGCAGCCAGUCCAAGCCCUACUUCAAUACCCUCAAUCACCAGUACUACUGGGGUAUCUUGGUCAUUACCGUCAUCAUCACUGCCAACACUAUCAGCAACAUCGUCAUCAAUGCCAUCAUUACAAAUGACGUCAUCGUCAUCUCUGCUAACGUCAAAAAUUAUGUCAUCAUCGUCGGUACCAUCGCUACUUAAAACAUCAUUAUCAAUGCCAUUCACGUCAUCGUUGUUAAUACCAACACCAUUGACGUCAUCCGUAUCACUGUCAACAACACCGAUGACAUCAUCGUUCCUUUUGUCUUUAAUCCAAACGAUUUCAACAUCAUCACUGCCAUCAAAACCGUCGAUGUCAUCAUCAUCACUGCAAUCAAUGGUAUCAUCAUCAUCAUUAUCAUCUCUGUCAACACCAUCUUCGUCUUCAAUAACACCAACCACCACCCCUUACCAGCCAACAGAAUACGUUACUGUUGAGUUCAGCGAACAAUUAUCAUGCGAUGGCGUUGAUGAUUUCAAGGCUGGGCUGUCAAAGAAGCUAGGGAGCAUCAAUAAGAAUCGCAUCAAAGUAGUCGACGAUAAGUGCGGGGGUGUCAGACGAUUCAGACGAUCAACAAUUACUAAGUUGGUAUUUUAUGUAUCGAAAGAAUACUCGAAUAUCGUCGAUGAAGGUCUCACCAGAAACGCCUAUAGAAUUUUGUUGGAUCUGGAAGGUGAUUUGGAGCAGCUUGACUCGAAACUUGUAAACGUUAAGAUUACCAAACUUGGCAUAACCCCUGGUCUGGCCACCACAAGUCCGCCCUAUACUCCCAAGGUCGUGGUCACACUAGAGUUCAAUAUUCCGAUGUCUAGGCUUUGUAACCUGACUGAGGUCUUUAAAAGUGCAGUUGCUAAAAAUCUUGGUAUCGACGAAUCCCGAAUCAAACUUGUGGGUGUCAAGUGCGUUGAGGCGAGACGCAGAAGACGAAACGCCGAGAACGCUGGACUUAGCUUUUACGUAACGAAGGAAAAUUCGGAUGAAGUUGAUGAGGAGUUGACAAAUAAGGCAUUCAAGUUUCUUGUUGAUGCGGAGAAAAAGGGGAAUCUUCAAGAGACGCUUGGGGACGAAUUCGCCGGGGUAGAGAUGACGAAGAAGCCGAGUUUAAAGAAAUUAGAGCCAAGCCCAACACCUAGGCAUGCCGGUUUUGAGUUUUCAAAGUCUGAGAAAAUAGGGUUGAGCGUCGGAGCAGUUGUCUUAAUCCUUGUCGUUGCAAUCGCCGUCUCCGCAUUUUGUAUGUCACGACGAAGAAAACUCCGGCUCGAGCGAGUCCCAGCUGACGAGAACUACAGACGGCCAGCAGCUAACGGCACAUUAGAAAUGAAGGAGAAUCCCCAGGUGGAGGUGGUAGUGGAGGUAAAGGCUCCCUUGGCUACCCCUGACAGUGACUCACUCGGAACAAUGACGGAUGAUGAAGUGCCUGAAUUAAAGACAAAAGAGGAAAAACACACAGCAUCUAAUGGCUCAGCCGGUUUGGAGAACCCGGGAUUCCUCGAUGUUGAGUCGGAGAAAGAAACGUCAACGGCAGUGACAGAAAACACGAGUGGAAAUAACAACGCUGGUUUUGACAAAGAAGAGGGUGCAUCAGAGGAAACACACUUAUAGAAAAGCACGGCAAUCUACCAUUCAUAAUUACAAUGCAGACUCUCAAGCAAGAAAAAAAAGAAACAUGGAAAAAAAAUUACAAAUGUGGAACAUUUAGUAUAGUCACAAUGAUUAUUAGACAUCAAACAGUCGGCAUUGGAACCAUUACGCCAUAAAAUGGUUUUGAUAAAAAUUUUACGCCUUUUUUCUGGAACUAUGGAGGUUUGUCAAGCCAUAACUCGGUCAAGGUGUUCUGGGAGACGGCCAUGACAAAUGGUUGUCUAAGUAAUGAAUAGUAGAAUGGCAAUUUUCGAUAUAAGGAUGAAUGAUAUAUUAGUAGAGUUAUGAAUAUUGUCACUUGAUAGUGGUAUUCCAAGCUCAAAAUGGGCGAGGAGAAUCUUUAAAAGUAAGUUUUUUUUAAUGUUAUUAAGGCGUUACUUAAAUCCUUUAUAAAAGGUAGGUGAGAGGUAAGAAAACGCUUCACAUUAGAAUCUUGGGAAGCAGUAGAAGUUUUUGUAUCAGCAUACGUUAUUCUAAUUGUUAAGUCAUUUUUGCAAGGAUGUAAAAUAUUUUUAAGUAGUAUUUUUAUUUUCAUAAAAAAAAGUAGCAAUUAGAAUGAUAUAUAUGUUUGACUAAUGCAGGCUCUGGUAUGGUAUUUGUAUUGUUCUGAAUAGGUUGAUAAUUGACAGGGGCGUAGCCAGCCCCCCUUUUCUAGCAGCCAAAAAUACAGUAAAUGUAUAAGACAUUUUUUUAAUACAGGUGAAAAUCAUCACCAUAGUCAUAAUCAUGAACAUCAUCAUUAUCACCAUCACCACCCAGCAGAUACAUACCUCCUGCGCCUCCUACAGAUCUAGGGCAUUCUACCGCAUAUGCGUGGUUACACACGUUAGCGUUUGAUAGCCCAUCAUAAGCCAGGGCUACACUCCUUGAUGUUUGAGUAGGAAUUGGUGCCGCUGUUACAGUUUCCAGCGACAUCCGAGAUAGGGUCGGGGUGAAACGAGUUGACGGAUUAACCGGCGCAGAAAUCAACUAAAGUGAAACAAUUAAAAAUGGGAAUAUAGUUGUGGAAGUGUAUUUUGAAAUAAAGGAAAACUUUGGGGGUUUGAAA